CUUGCACGGCUCGCGUGCAGAACAAAGAAGCCCAGACUCGAACCGUUCUCGCUCCUCUGCUCCCUCCUCGAACCCUCGCCGCUGCCAGUCGCGCCGCCAGACCCGCUGCCCCCGUCGCCGGCCGAAUCCCCUCCUGCGCGUACAGAUCCGGCCACCCCGGCCUCUUUCCCGCCGGAUCCCCUGCUCAGCGGCGCUCGUCCCGGCACCAGGUUGGAGCAGCGAGCCCUUGACAAUGGCGAACUCAGCAGGUCGCCAUUGACGCCGGAGCCAGGAGCAGCAGCCCGGAGGCCGAGCCCCCUCGCCCAAACCACAAGAUAAGUGUCAAGCAUGAAUGCUGAAUGGAGUGUUGAAAACACUCGGAUUGUGUGCGAGUUGUUCGCCGAGCAAGUGGACGCUGGAAAUAGGCCAGGCAAUUAUUUGACCCCAAAUGCAUUUGAUGAGGUGACAAGACAAUUUAAGAUGAGAACCGGGCUUGACUACACACAUACCCAAUUGAAAAACAAAUGGGACAAGCUUAAAGUUGAUUUCACCUUGUUUAAGAAACUCAAGUUUUGGGAGACCGGAGCCGGAUGGGACUAUGUGAACAACACCGUGUCACAAGAUGAUGAGUGGUGGAAGAAGGCUAAAAUUGAUAUUAAAGGUUGUGGUAAGUUCAAGAAGAAAGGACUUGCUAAUGAAGAAAAGUUGCGGGUUAUUUUUGGAGAUAUCACAACUGAUGGUACAGACCAUUGGAAUCCCUCUUCUGGCAUACCUCCCCCUCUAGUGCGGCAGUGAAAGAAUCCAUCAAUGUUGACGAGAUCGAGGACCUUGAUCUGGAUGAUAUGGAAGAACAAGCAUCUCAGGCAACACCUACUUCAUCUAAAGUGAGGCUUGGAAUCAUCAUUCCAGAAAAGAACAAGAAACCCUAUAAGAAAUCAUGUUCAUGACUUUCUAUGCGUGACCAUAUUGAUUUGCAAACUUAUUGGCAAAUGAAGCUUUUGUGGCAUCAACAAGUUUUUCUGCUAAAUUAUGACCUAUGUUAGCUCUGAAAAUUUGGGAUCUUUCGAAUAUUACAUGAUUGCUGUAUA